AUGGCUUCUCAUAGUGAGAGGCACCCUUAGUUUUCACAAGUAUAGAGAGUUUUAGAGAGUGUCUAAGCAAGUAUUAUGAUAUAAGCUUCUCUUGUAAGUUUUCUAAAAUCUUUAUUCUAUCUUAAUACAAUCAAUUUUUGUCAUUUUGUUUUUCUCUCGCGUUCAUAUCUUCUUUUCUUUUAUGUUUAAUAUCGUUAAUCUUGAUGGAUCUCAAUAACAUAUAAUCCCACAAUAAAUUUUAUAAAAUUCAUAUUCGUUAUAUUGUUAUUAAUGACUUGUAUACUGUGGGGUACUCGCUGAAGUUUUAUGCUAGGGAGACUUUGCCUCUAACAUAACCUCCCCCAAGGCUCCAAUAUUAGGAUCCCUCCUUCCUAACAUGCCUCCCUCAUUUCCACUAAAUUAUUUUCACCAAAGCAUAAGUUAUACUUCCGUUUGAUCUGCAAAAUAUAAAUACUGGACAGAAUAGUACAGGACAGUACAGGACAGAACAGCACAAGACAAACGUUUAAGGUAUUGAACAAACUUUGUGUUGUACGAUGUUUGGUGGACAAAAUGUUAUUUUGGUAUUUUAGACAACUUGUGCUGAGCACAAAAAGUUGUCCCGUGGUUCUGUGGGGGACAAGAAUUUCAAGUUUUGUCCUGUCCCUUGGCCCCAGUUUGUCCAGUACCAGGAAUAGUUUUAAAAUUAAACACAGUACAAUAGGAGUUGUCCUGUCCAGUCUCUUAUUUUUUAGCAGAUCAAACCACCCUAUAACUUAUGACUGAUGUGUUCAAUGUAGUACUCUUACUUACGAAGAAUGAAUGGAACAUGAACUCUUGUUCCCCUCAAGUACUACAUUAUUAUUAUUAUGUGAUUGGGAUCUAGGAGUAUAAAACCAAACCUCGUACGUACCUAUGUUGUCCUUUCCUAGCUCAGAAAAAAAUACGUUCACAUUUCCCACAAAUCCCACCAUUCAGAAGCUUUCAUCUCUUAUUUCAAACUGUGUUACCUCCAGAAGCUUGAAACAUGGCAAAGCCAUACACUCUCAACUUAUCAAAACCGCGCUUUUCUUUGACGUUUUUCUCGCCAAUGGACUCAUCGAUUUGUAUUCCAAAUGUGGCUGUAAAGAGAGUGUUCACAAAGCCUUUGAUGAUCUUCCCAACAAGACAACACGUUCGUGGAACACAGUGCUCACGUUUUACUUGAAAAAUGGUUUUUUCGAUCAUGCUUAUAAACUGUUCGAUAAAAUGCCUCAAAAAAACCUCGUCAGUUUUAACUCGCUUAUAUCCGGUGUCACACGUCAUGGGUUUCACGAACAAGCGGUUGAUAUGUUUCGGGUGAUGCAAAGGGGUUCUAGGGGUUUGAUGUUAGACGCGUUCACGCUUGUUAGCAUAGUGAGUAAUUGUUCUAUUUUGGGUAACGUUAAAUGGUUGCGGCAGGCUCAUGGAGUGGCUGUUAUAGUUGGAUUUAACUCAAAUGUGAUUCUCAACAAUGCUUUUAUUGAUGCUUAUGGUAAAUGUGGGGAAUCCAAUAUGUCGUUUCGUCUGUUUCGUUCGAUGUUAGAGAAAGAUGUUGUGUCUUGGACAUCAAUGGUUGUUACAUACACUCGAGCAUCUAGAAUAGAUGAUGCAUGUAAGGUGUUUAACGAAAUGCCAGUUAAGAACACAAUUUCUUGGACUGCUUUGAUCACGGGUUUUGUGAAAAAUAGACGUUGUUACGAAGCUCUGAAAGUUUUUCACCAAAUGAUUGAAGAAGGGGUAAUGCCUAGGGAACAAACUUUUGUAAGUGUUUUAGAUGCUUGUGCAAGUGAAGCUCUUAUAGAAAGAGGUAAACAGGUUCAUUGUCAAAUUAUAAGAGGUAGAAAUAAUGGCAACUUUUUUAAUGUGUAUGUAUGUAAUGCUUUGAUGGACAUGUAUGCAAAAUGUGGUGAUAUGAAAUCAGCUGGAAAUUUGUUUGAGAUGAUGAUUCGUGUGAGGGAUGUAGUGUCUUGGAAUACAUUAAUAAACGGAUUUGCACAAAAUGGUUGCGGCAAAGAUUCGUUGGCAGUUUUUAGUAGGAUGAUAGAAGCCAACAUAGAACCAAAUCAUGUGACAUUUCUUGCUAUACUAUCUGCUUGUAACCAUGCUGGUUUAGUUAAUGAAGGGUUAGAGUUUCUUGAUUUGAUGGAAAGGCAGUACAGAGUGAAGCCGAAAAGAGAUCACUAUGCUUUAUUAAUUGAUUUGCUUGGAAGGAAAAACAGACUUAAAGAAGCCAUAUGUUUGAUUGAGAAAGGGCCUGAUGGAAUUAAUAAUCACAUUGCAACGUGGGGGGCAAUUUUGAGUGCUUGUAGAGUUCACGGAAACUUGGAACUUGGUAAAAAAGCUGCAGAAGCUUUGUUUGUGUUAGAACCUGAAAACGCAGGUAGAUAUAUUAUGUUAUCUAACAUUUAUGCUGCUUGUGGUAGAUGGGGUGAUGCUAAUAAAAUUAGAAAAGUGAUGAAAGAGGGAGGUUUGAUGAAAGAAGUAGCUUGUAGUUGGAUUGAGUUGAAGAAUUCAAGGUGUGGAUUUGUGUCUAAGGAUAAGUUUCAUCCACAGAUUGCAGAGAUUUAUGAAGUGAAUAGUAAAUUAGUUCUGCAUUUGAUGGAUGCUGGAUAUCAACCCUACAUUAGUUACCCUUCUCUUCUUGAUGAAGAUGAUGAUUUUUACUUUAGUUAAUUAGUUACAGAUGCAUUCAUCGUAAGUUGUUACUCCAGUAAUUUUUAUAUAUUUGUGAAGUAGAUUGUUUUUUUUUUUUUAUUGAUGGCAAAUUAUAAUGUUCAAUGAAAUAUUUGUUACAUGUCAAUUUUGUGUCCUACUUAACAGUCCCUCACAAUAAAAUCAUCUAUUGUUUUGUGUA